UGGAGUUUGUUCAAAUAGAGCAUCAUGUUGUACUUUCUUCCACCUAGCAGCUGCCUUGUAUUUUGAAUCCAAAUAUUUGACAGUUGGUACUGUUACUAAUUUUCUAACCAAGGAUAUUGAAGACAAACUAUGGCAUCACCAAGGGCCAUGAAUGAGGAAGAACAAAAGCGCCUGAGUUCACUUUUUCAUGCCUACAAUGUGGAUAACUCAGGGUGGUUAGACAAAAAUGAGUUCACCACUAUCUGUCAGGAGCUCCAUGUCCCUUCACAAGAAGCAGACGGGAUAUUCAACUGCCUGGAUGUGGACAAAGACGGCACAGUCACCUUAGAGGAGUUCAUCAGUGGCUUCAAAGAACAACAUCAGGAGGAUGAGGAUGAGGACACAGAAGCAGAUGACAACAAGUCCUCAGGAGGUGAGGAAGAGUUUUCAAACAACCCGGAACAGGUGAUAUCCAGGAAUGAACAAGCCGCUACGUUGUACGAGAACAUCAGCCUGAAUGAGCCCAGACUGAUAAACCAGUUUGAGAAAGUCAUCAUGAACUUUACCAAAGAGAUCAGACAGCAGAACUCAGAGAUGGAGAACCUGGCACUUGCUAUUAAACGAGCGCAGGACCAAGCCUCAAUGCAGCUCAGUGAAAUGGAGGAUGAGAUGGACCAACGCAUUCAUGCUGCUGAGAGAAAAACGCAAGAGCAGGAGAAAAAACGAACAGAGGCUGCACUGAGUGAGCUGCGCAGAAGUUAUGAAACUGAAGUGUGUGAGCUGCAGUGUAAGAUCCAGAAGAUGCAGAUGAUCGAGGAGAAAUACAAGAACGUCACGGUGAAGGACGAGAGCCCAGCGCUGAAGAAGAAGAUCAAUGAGCUGACCCUGGAGAACCAGCGUUUAAAACAAGAGCUGUUGAAGUCUCAGACCAAAGUGGCCUGUCUGCGCAGUGAAAUGGACUCUCUGAAGACAGAGCUCACAGACCAAAGCAUCAGCUCUGAACACGAUGAGGAGCUCAUGAAACACUUCGCUGAUGAGCGGGACAUCCUGGAGAGCCAGAUUGAGAUUAUGCAGUCAGCCAACAGGAAGCUGCAUGACAGCAAUGAUGGCCUGAGAUCCACCCUGGAGAGGAGCAACCGGUCUGGUAACGUUGGAUCACCAGGAGAAAUUAAGGAGAGAGCAAGAAGUAAAAGCAUCUGCUUCACAUCACCCUAUGCACUAAUGGAUCGGUUCAGCCAGCGUAUGGAGGAUUUCCCUCCUGUGUACAGCCGCCGGCCCAGCUGUGACACUCUGGCGUUGGCUAUGUGUGACCCGGGCCUGAGGCGCAGAGACAGCAGUGAGUGUGAGGAAGACAGCCUGCCUGAAGUCUACACGGACAGCGGCCUGUCCACACUCAGAGGAUCACACGUAGGCUACGACUCAGAGCAGGAGGUCAAAAAUCUAGAAGAAGAGGACAGGAGGGAGGAAAAGACAGGGGAGGAGGACAACCAUGACAGCAUGAAUGAACACAACUCUGACACUGAUCCAGCAGAUACUCUGGACGGUGAAUCUGCUUUCGGGUCAGACGGCAGCUCAGUUUUGGACUGGAACCUUGAAUCCAUUAGCGUGGUCAAACCCCCGACCACCAGGAAACCCCUCAGUGCCAUCAGUGUUCAGAAGGAAAACAAAGACAGCGCUGACCUGGGUUACAUGACGUCAGAGAAGGCCUACAGGAUCGUGUUGGCAGGAGACGCAGCUGUGGGGAAGUCCAGCUUCCUGCUUCGUCUCUGCAAGAACGAAUACAAACUGAACUCCAGCGCUACACUGGGAGUGGAUUUCCAAAUGAAGACACUAAUCGUUGAUGGAGAGCCCGUCUUACUACAACUAUGGGACACUGCGGGACAAGAGAGGUUUCGCAGCAUUGCAAAGUCGUAUUUCCGCCGGGCAGACGGUGUGUUGCUACUGUACGACGUCACCUGUGAGAAGAGCUUUCUCAAUGUUCGAGAGUGGGUGGACAUGAUCGAGGACGUGUCCCAGGAAGAUAUUCCCAUCAUGCUUGUGGGUAAUAAAUGUGAUCUUAGACAAGAUGGCAAUAACUGUGUCCCUACAAGCUAUGGAGAGAAACUGGCCAUGACCUACAACACUCUGUUCUGUGAAACUAGUGCCAAAGACGGCUCUAACAUCCUGGAGGCCGUGCUGCACCUCGCCAGGCAGGUAACAAAACAGGCUGCUUUUGAUGACAAAGAUCAGUAUCGGUCGCUGCCCAAGUUAGAUGCUCCCAGGAAGAAACCCAACUUCUCCUGCUGCACCUGAUCACAUCCAUCUGGACCUCAUCACAGGUGGAAAAAGGACUACAAAUACAGAAACCUGCCAAAACAGUGUGUGAAUAACUAAAACAACUAACAUGUGUAUGAAGUGAGCAAACAAACAUGUGAUAAUUGCAGAAUACCCGCAACUUCUCACUGUUCAGAUUUAACUUGUAAAAUGUAUUGAGCUGUUAUUUCAGCUUUGUGUCUUACUGUUCUUUAUUAUAUGGAUGUUUUAUUCAGUGGAACUUCUUGCCAUGUGAAAGUUCUGUUCAAUUUUGUUUUGCUAUUACAUAUAUAUUUACAUAAGUUCCUUCCACAUAUAUGAUUUGGUAUGCCCAAAGAGACACUGCCAUGCUAUGAAGAAACUCCAAUCAAAUCAUGAAAACAGAAAGACAGCUGUGAAAGUGAAGUCAAAGGUGUGAGAAGGAUUUGAAAGUAUUUCAGCAUGUUUUUAGUAAGAUGAGUAUGUUACAAUUACACAUACAGGUGAUGGAGGGUCGAUUUUAGUGAGCGAAUAAGAAAAUGAAGACAAUUAAGAAUAGACUCUUAUCUAAUUGAUAACUGUGGCACCUAUUGAGUUACCUCAUGUAAGUGCCAGUUUGUUUUUGAUUAUGCCACACAUAGUGUCAAACUUUAUGCAAAUGAACUACAUCAAUAUGAAAUGAAUAUACUAAAAAGUAUGGAAGAAUUUAAAGCAAGUACCUCGUCCUGCUCAUGAACGAUGAGCUCUGGUUCAAUGUGUGUUAGUAUUAGACUUAAUUAUACUUGCUCGACCCACUGUUUUUGUUAUAUUACCCUACAGUGUUACAUUUAUUUUUGACUUUGAAAUCAGGAUGAAUAUCAUACUGUUAUAGAAAUUGUGUUUUUAGUUGCAUGUUUUGCAGAUCAUUUCCAAUUUGCACAAAUGCUUUAAUUAACCUCUGUAUUUUAUUUUCUGGUACAACAAAAGUAAGGUGUGUAUAAGAGAUGUGGCAGGUAUAAUAACCUUAUUUCUAUCGGAUACAGGACAUGACUGUAAAUCAAAUGUUAUCUUAGCAAAUGUUCACUACUGAUCUUGUAUAAUUCGUCUUAUUAUUUUAUAAUAAUAACUCCAUGUGUUAUGCAAAUGUGCUUAAAGGGCGUGUAUAUACGUGCAUAUGGCUUAAGUCUAAUGCUCAAACAGCACCAAUCUUUCUUACAUUAUAUUUGGGGGGAUGUAUCUGCUGACAGCUUUGUUUUCCAAACUUAUGUUGUAGAAUUUCGAUUGAACAAAUAGUAGAUAACAGUUUCCAUUUCAAGCUUAUUUUCAUAUUUCGAGUAAAUGUUAAACAGAUUACGUAAAGGAAAUUCAGAAUGAGAAUUGCUGUCAGAAAAAAACAAAAUACAUGCACCGUUGUGACAAAGUAUGAAGAUGAUGUCAAAUAUAAAGAA